UUCUUCCUACUAAAGUUUUUGUUGGUUAUCCUUUAUUGGAAAACAUUAUAUUGUUGUUAUUAUUAUAACAUAUAUAUUUUUAAAUCCAUAAGUAAUCCAUCAUAUCAUGAUACACCUUUUUCGACAUAAUGUCGGAAAAUAUUGGUAACGAUGAAUUCGAUGAUAUUGACUGGGGAGAUUGCUUCACUCCACCAUUUAGUAGCACACAACAAUUUCACUCUGGUAAACGACAAGCUGAAGACGUUGUAGAAACAGUUUCGAAGAAAAAUGUCAUACAAUCAGAAACCAGGAUUAGACCAAUAGUUAAGGAAUUUUGCGAGAAAUCCCUUUCAAGACUUAAGGAUGAUCAGUGUGUAAAUAAGGUAGCCAAAAGAAUUUUUCCAGGUCCUGCUGGAUUAUUGCCCGAUCGGUUAGAAACCAACAAAUCAAUAUCAGAGUUAGUUUCAGAAGACCUUUCUGAUGAAGGAGAUAAUGAUAUGUUGCUCUGUUCCCAACGGACAGUGUUUCAAUUUGAGGAAGCACCUUGGAAGAAAAUGGUUGAAGACUUUUCAGUUUCUAAUGGCGAACAGUUAUUUGAAAAGUUCAAUAUAAGUUGGAUAAAGAAAAAAUCUGCCUUGCAAAAAGUGGUAGUUAGUUACAGAACACCUUUCCUAGCAUCAGUCAUUCACAGUAUUGAAGUAAUGGAAGGCAAAAUUCCAACAAUAAAUGUAACACUGAAAGAUUCUUCAGGGGUCAUCGGUGGCACAAUUUCUCACAGUCUGUAUGAAGAGUAUGCUGCAUAUCUCACUGUUGGUUCAGUAGUUGUUUUGAAACAAUUAGGAAUUCUGAGUGUUGGAGAUAGUUACUGUGUAACGUUAACUCCCACCAACUUACUUACUAUUUAUCAUAAAUUGUUUCCCAAGAAAACAUCCAGUGACAAUACUCAAACUGUUCAAACUAUGGUUGAAAAAGUUGUUGUAAAUCAAAUGUGCGUAAAGGAAAUUUGGAAUAUAUAUUAUCAAGAUAUUAAGGAGAAUUUGAAACAACAAAAUAGACCAAAUUUUACAAGAAUUUAUAAAAAUAGUGAGAAAGUGGAUGAAACAGACCUUGUUAAUUUGAAUAAUGUCCCUGUUUCUCAACGGACUUUUAUGAAGUUUGAGCCAUCUAAUUUAGGGCCUAUUCAAAUUGUUGAAAAUAUCUCCAAUCAUUUAAUAGAGCCUAAUUCUGCAACAACACUUCCUGGUAGGAUUUCUUUUACAUGUAACAAUACACAAAAAAUUGAUUCAAAAAGUAUUAGUGAAAAAACAUCAGAAGUGGCAAAUCCUGUGAUCAAAAAUACUGCAAAUCCAGUAAAAAAUGACAGUGAUAAUGUGAUAAUAAAUUGUAGUCAGGUAAUAGUGCAAACAGAGAAGAAACACACUGAGAUUUGGAAAAAUAUUUUUGAGGAAGUUGAUGCUGAUUCUUUAUUUGAAGAUUUUUGAUUAUAUUUUGUAUUAUUUUUUACUGUAUUUUGUAAAUAAAUUGUUGAUUUAUUUUUGUA